AGAAAGAAAAGAAAGGUCGCGCGGAGUCGGUCCGGAAAGGCCGACGACGGAGAUGAAAGCGCGAUGGAGACGACCAGCUUUGACCACUCAUCUCAUCUUCCUUGGGCGAUACCCUAUCCAUCUCGACGACCGAGCUAGCCUGCUCGUCGAGAGAGAAGCAGCAGCAGCAGCAGCAGCAGCAGCAGCGAACCAGAGAAUCGGGAGCGCAUAAAAGUAAAGGGGCUCUCUCAUCUCCUGAUUUCCUCUCGUCCUACAAAUUCCUUCAUUAGUGAUUCCAAUAAGACAAUCUUACCCUCUCGUUUUCUUGUUAAGAAAGUCUUUGCGUUGUUGGAAAGCGGGUUCGCAAUCUCUUCUUCUGCCUUUUUCUUUUUUUUCUUUUUCUUUUUUCUUCCAUUUUUCCCCAGUCGGAAUGGAUUGGCUUCCCCAAAUCAAUCACGAGGGUUUUCAUCGUCACUACUGUAUAUGUCGGGGCUUCCUUCAUCAGGUCGCUUGGGGGUAUAGUGGACGAGAAAAAACAACUCUGCUGUAGAUACCCGGCUUAAAGUAGGGUGAAAGGAAAGGACCGAACUCCCAUUGUAUAGCACCUGCCAAUUCUCAGUGGUUGCCAUGCCGAUGUAUCGAUAUCAAAGAUGUAAAGAUGUAUUGAAGUGGAACCCCUGCCUCGCAUAACUCAGGCUGAAAGCGAAUAUAUUUCUAUCUAAUUUCUCUUAUUUAUACCGCGAGAUAGAGAUGGAUAAUGACCUCAUUCUUAAUGCUGGCUCAUGUCGACUGCUGCCAUUUGCUUACCCUUUUUGACGAUGCCUGUUUGGUUUAGUUCUUCUGCCGGAAGAGCAAUAUGGACGCAUUGUUUUCUCCUCGUUCAGUAUCCGUUAUUGGCUAUGUACCUAGGAAAGAGCUUCUGUGGCUGGCUGCGGUCUUUUCUGGGAUUGUCAUGUGCUAUUCUGUGUAUAAGAUAGCAGGUCUCAUGAGUCUUUUAUGCUUCGAUGGGUAUAGGAAACUUAAGAACAUGGACAAAGUAGAAUGGAAGAACCGGAACAAUGCAAGAGAUGGGUUGAAAUACCUUUUCUAAAAUGUUUUUUGUCCAGGGGAUUCUCAACAUUCCAUGCAAUUAUUGUAUCGUCUGCUUCUCUAUAUCUCCUGCUGUUUUCAGAUCUCUUCAAAGAAGAUUCUCAUGACCAAUUAGUCGUCAACAGGACAUCAAUCGUAUCAGAGACAAUACUGGGGGUCUCUAUAGGUUAUUUUCUGUCAGACUUGGCAAUGAUUGUGUGGCAUUUUCCAGCUUUAGGUGGUUGGGAAUAUGUUCUACACCAUGGGUUAUCCAUGUUUUCCAUCUUUCUUUCCAUUGUAAGUGGUCAAGGCCAAAUAUACAUACUUAUGGUUUUGUUUUCAGAGAGCACAACCCCAUUUGUCAAUCUAAGAUGGUACUUGGACAUUUAUGGUCAGAAGAGUUCUAAUCUAUACAUCUGCAAUGGCAUCUUUCUGUUCCUGGGGUGGUUGUUUGCAAGGAUUCUUCUCUUCAUCUUCUUUUUCACCCACAUGCUUAUCCAUUUUGACCAGGUGAAAGAGAUUUUUGACUUGGGUUUCUACAGUUUGCUUUUGGUGCCUUCUGUUUUGGCAAUCAUGAACCUAUUUUGGUUUUGGAAGAUUGCCAAGGGUCUGGUGAAAACUCUGUCUAAGAAGAGACAUAGGCAGUGAUCUGACCAUUGUAUUGUACAAUGUGAACCACCUUCUCUGUAUCUAGAAGAAUCUUGAGAUUCCUUGUCAACCUAAUGCUUCAACAACAAUGAAUAUUAUCCUUUCAUUCUCAUUUAUUGAUGAGAUUGUGUCAGAAGAUCAUUAUGGACUUCCUUUCGUCUCACGGAGGGUCCUUUUCUUAAUUAUUAUUUGCAAGACAUUGGUUGACUCUACUGUACGGGUGGAUUUUAUGUUUCUUUCAACCUUUGAAGUUUGUCAGUGA